AUGGAUGAUUUUUCGAAAUUCUUCGACGAUGAAUUCAAUGUUAUCGACUGGCUUAAUCAAGCAUUUCGAUUGCAGAAAGAAUCGAAUCAAAACAUCGAUAAUUACACAGGAAUUCUAAUCACAAAACUGCAAAUGUACAUUCAGGAAAUGAACAAUACAAUUGAAGAAACCAGUCAGCAGGCUGUUCAACAAUUUCCUCGGGUUCUUCGCGAAAUAGAUGUGCUUAGACAUGAAGCAACUUUGUUACAAGAACAGAUGCGAACCGUACGAGGAGAUAUUCAAAAAGUCAAUCAAGACACCGCGGAUGGCAUGCGCAAUUUAAUUCAAUUGGAUUCAGUUAAAAACCGCAUACAAUCGGCAACUAAAGCUUUACAAGAAGCUGAUAAUUGGGUAACAUUAUCUGCUCAAAUUGAGGAUACAUUCGAAUCGAAAGAUUUCACACAAAUUGCAACAAAACUAAUUGCUAUGCAACAAUCUUUGAAAAUUCUCACUGAUGUACCGGACUAUGCUGAUCGUGUCAAUCAGUUAGAAAAUCUCAAGAACGGCUUAGAAGCAAUGAUGAGUCCAACAGUCAUCGCUGCAUUUAACACGCAAGAUGUUGAUAUGGCUCGAUCAUUCGCCCAAGUAUAUCAGUCCAUAGAUCGAGCGGACCAAUUAGAAGAUUUGUAUGUCACCUCUGUUAAGAGUCGAUUAGAUACACGUAUACGAGAGUUAUUUCAUAAUGCUACAAGUGAACAUCAAACAAUCUUUGUAACUAUCUAUGACUAUUUGUCUAAUCUUUGGCAAGACGAAAUACGUUGGUGUACAAAAGUGUUCAAUCAUCCGGCUCGUGUAACACUUUCAAUUGUUCUGAAUGGUCUGCGAAUAUUUCAUGGAAAGUAUAAAACGCAGUUUCAUAAUGAACUUCAACGACAACAAAUCUCUGCAAAGAAAAGAUUGGAAAUUUUAUUAGCAUGUAAACAGGUAAGUUUUGAAAUGAAGAAGAUUUUCUUGGUUAGUCUCGUAUAA